UAGGAUGUGGACAUGGUGCUUACGAGCGAUUCCGACUCGCCCAUGCGUUCAGUACGAUUUGAAUCUGAGGGCGUCGAUCGUUCAAAUCUCAGAGGCGUCUGAAUGCUCUCCCGAUACCCGUCUCUCGAUCGCCCUUUCGACUCUUCAUCGCAGCCAUGUCGCUCGUCCUUCCCGGGGAGCUCGUUCCCGCGCAGCACGUCAACCUCAAGCUAGGACCCGGGUUGCUCCAGCAGUCAGGCCCGUCCGGGGAGUCCUCGAUCAUCGCGACCCGUGCCGGCGAGCUCAACCACUCCGCUAACCGCGCACGAUGGUGGAUAGAGAGCAACGCCCGACGGUACGUCCCUGCGCCGCAAGAGUCGGUGAUCGGCGUGGUCGUCGCGCGGAGUGGGGAGAAUUGGAGGGUGGACAUCGGGGCGGCGCAUAUGGCGAAUCUGGAUGGGCUGGCGUUUGAGGGGGCGACGAAACGGAAUAGACCAAACCUCAAGGUCGGGUCACUGCUAUACGCACGCGUGUCGCUCGCGCACAAGGACAUGGAGCCCGAGCUGGAGUGCUUCGACGCGCAGACACGCAAGGCGGAGGGUUUCGGCGAGCUCAAAGGGGGCUUCGUCGUGCGUUGCAGUCUCAAGAUGUGUCGCUUGCUACUCGACCCAAACCAUUUCUUACUCCCAAUGCUUGGUUCACGAUUCCCUCAUGAAACGGCGACAGGGCUGAAUGGGCGCGUAUGGGUUAAUGCAAGGGAAGCGAGGCACAUCAUUGCUGUCUCAAGGUGUAUUGAGGCUGCAGACCCGGAUGGUGGUGGAAUGAGCGAGGCUGAGAUGAAGAAGUUCCUCGGUACGCUCGAUAUAUAGUGAACACAGGACAGCCACUCCAUGGAUUGACUGACAUCUCAUAGCAUAGUACAAGUAUGA